CUCAGAAAUGAAUCUAAUUUGGUGUUAUUUUCAUAUUAUUUGUACAGAGUGUAUUUUCUGACCACUAGCUUCAUUGAGGUCCUUUCGUUGUUGACGCUGUAAGCGCCAGCUGUCAAAAGCUAGCUAGAAUCGCAUAUGUCCUUGCAAGUUAUUUUUACGUUUUAAAUUUUUUUUGUAUAUUUCCUUCUCUGCUAUAGUAUCAGUGGUAAAUUAUUUAAGCAAAGCUUGAAUGAAAAUUUACGAUAAUAUUUGUUUAGCAUUUUUCCAAAUCUAUUUUUAUCGUGUUGUGCUCAGAAUAGAGGCAGCUUUAGCUAGCUAGCUUGUUGUUAGCUGCGGACAAAUCUGGUGCGGACAGGUUUUGCUCUGCAGUUUCUCAUUGUUUACUGUUGGAAAAACUUCAGAUACCGAAGGACUAUGAUCACCAUGUGGAUUUUAAACAAUUUACUUCAAAUCUACAUUGUUUUCAAUCAUAGUAUCGUAGAAUUAUGAGUUUAUAUCAGAAACUGGAUCAGUGAAAUUGUUUAAAGUCACUUAAAUACGUUGUAUCCUACGUGAUCGAAUCUCUUGUAUUACAAACAGUUCAUUUUAUAAUAUAGUAACCAGUUAUUGUCAGAGAGAUUUGUUUAAGUCAACAAACAUGGAUAAGAAAGCAUUUGACAUAGUCUUGGAUGAGAUAAAAAAGUGUGUCUUGACCGACCAGCGUAUCAGAGCCAUAGAGCAGGUGCACGGAUAUUUUUCCAGUGAGCAGGUGAUUGAAAUUCUGAAGUACUUCUCAUGGGCAGAACCUCAGGUCAAAGCAGUUAAAGCUUUACAACAUAAAAUGGUUGCCAUCCCUACAACCAAAGUUGCAAAUAUCUUAAACUGCUUCACUUUUUCAAAAGACAGACUUGUUGUCCUGGAACUAGUAGCUCUGAACAUUUCAGAUGCUCAAAAUUAUCGUCCGGUGGAGGAUUUGUUUCGCAUACACUUAUCUGAGAAGAAGCGUGCUCGAAGGAUACUAGAGCAGGUCUGCAAGGUUGGGUGCAAGGCUCCUGUAGCUAUGAUCUCCUCCUGUGGAAUGAUACCAGGAAAUCCAUACCCCAAAGGCAGACCGAGCUUGGUUACUGGCACAUUUCCCGGAAUCCCUCCUGUUAGAAAAGAAGCUGAGAAGAAAGAGGACGCCUCUAACAGUAUAGAGGGGAAAGGAAUUGCUUCCAGGAUUAUUGGACCUUUAAAACCUUUUCCUUCAACCUACAACCCUCACCGACCUGUUCCUUACCCUAUACCACCGUGCCGACCUCAUGCCACCAUUGCACCAAGUGCGUACAACAACGCAGGAAUUGUUUCUGUAGGAGGGGUUAUAACGGCCAACGUGCCCCCUCCUCCCUACAGCUCUGCCCACAAAGUAGCAGGCUACACCAAACCAGGCAACCCGCAGAACACCACACCUGGAGUCAACAGUGGUCCCCUUCUAAUUCAUCAUGGGUCCACGCCUUCUACCCCUGUCCCACCCCAGUCACCUGCUCAGCCCCUUCCCACUACCCCCAUCACACCAGUUUUUCCUGGCAUGGUGCCCUCAAACAACCCCAACGCUGCCUCCCCUUCCCCAGCCCCAUCUCCAUCUGUGAUUAAAGCAGGGCCCCAGACCCCCAGUGGUCAUGUCACACCAACCCCUUCAUCUGUUAUUAAACCCCACACCCCAUCAGGCACCCCUUGCGGAACUCCUGUCCCAAGCGGCGGAGGCUUCUCCUCUUCCCCUUACCAUGGCCUCUCUCGGCCAGGCACCCCUGCAGCUUCCCGCAGCACCCAAGACUCCCCAUCUCAGAUGAACACCAUGGGCUUAACUCAGCAGAGAGGAUAUUCCCAGCCCACAGAUCACCAGACAGGGUCCAACUUUCCUGGGAUGCCCCCACAAGCAGGUAACCCCUCUGGGUCAGUGAUUCGAAGUUACACCCCUUCUGGACUAUCAUCUCACACUCCUGGAUCUUCCACACCAGUUAUUCCAAACUGUUCCACCCCAGGCCCCAGUCCGAAACCCUCCCCUGUCCAUUCUGCUCAGACUCAGGCUGUUGUGGCUGGAGCCCUGAGCAGACACUCUGGGGGUAAUAACAGUGGCAGUAACAGCCCUGUACACUCUGCUUUUAAAGGCACCUCUCGUUCUGGUACACCAUCUGUUAGUUCGCUGGUGGCCCAGGGAGCUGCUCAGGCUGCUCUGGCACGCUCUUUGGGUCUGUCAAACCCUUCUGGUUCUCCUCAAGUUUCUCUCCCUAGUCCUGUUGCUUUAACUGGCCUCCAAGCACUGUCUUCCAGCCCAGCACCAUCUCAUUAUCCAGGUCUGCCCCCUUUUCCGGCCCUGUCUUCUCUCCCCCCAGCUACCAUCCCUUCACCUACAAUACCUGCCACCACCAACAUUUCUAACCACCCACCAACCUCUAUCUAUGCAGGGUUGGCUCCCAAUGGUGCCCCCAGUGCAGUGUCCCCUUUUGGUCUAGGCCUUACCUCUGCCCCCUCUAUAUUCCCAGGCCUUCCUCCUGGGCCUAGCCCCAAUGCAUUCCCUGGACUUGGUGUUUCAGGGGGGCAUGGUGCUGGGAGCCCUGUUUUGUCUUCACUCAUGGGGCUGUCAGGAGCCACUCCAUCGUCAGUAUCAUCAGUGGCCCCACUGCAGGCAGCGGCAGCAGCAGCUGUGGUUGGAGCUCCAGCAUCGUCCCCUGUGUUACCAGGUUUUGCAUCUGCCUUCAGCUCCAGUUUCCAGCCUGGGUUGGGCAGUGGACUCCAGCCUCCAGGAAGUAGUGGCUUCCCCAGCUUAUUAUCCUUCCCUGCAGUACCAGGCUUUUCUGCCUCUGCCUCCCCUGCUGCUCUUGGUGGCCUCCACAACCCAGCCAUGCAAUCUGCCCUGCUGCAGGCUCAUCCUACAUCUGCUUUGGAAAGCUUUCCUCAACCCAACAGUUUCACCAACUAUCCUCCAGGGCCUGGAACCCCUUUCCCACUCCAACCAGGGCUGCACCCCCAGCUGGGUUGGCAGUGAUAGUAAUUAGACUUCAGCUUUCCUUGACCCACCUCUCCAGAGGGGCCACACUGCUGGCCUUGAACUCUUAAGAGCACAGGAUAAUGGUUUUAUUACUGUUUGUUAAAGGAUGAGUGAUUUACUAACACAAGAAACAAUACUCUGAACAUUUUGGAAAUAAAGGAAUAACUGUAAAUAUCAGUUAUUAAAGUGACGUUUUACAGAUGGACUGUAACUGGUUGUAACAUUAGCCUGACCUAACUGUUUUUAACCACGAUUAUGAUCAUUUAUUACUGAAUAAUGACUUACAGAAAAUCUGAAAACAACAUGAAAGCAUUGUGUAUUGACAAUAUCAUGAUGUAUUGUUAAUUUUUAACUCUACAGGAAAGAAAAAAAAGCUCAUUGAUUAAUUAACCUGAAUGAAUUGCUAUGUAACAUGACCUUAUAUGGGUUAUUGUAGAUAACUUCAUGCAUCAUGGAUGAAAUUGUGUUAAAAUGAAAUGUCAUUUGGCAGCUCUGCUCAUGUUUUGUCAUUUUAAUGAACACAUUUGUUGCUGUGAGCUAUUAACUGUGAUUCACAUGUAUGUUUACAAAAUGGACUGAUGAGACUCAGCUCUGUCACUCCAGUAUUUGAGCAGAUAUACUGGACUUUGCGAGGGUGUUUUCUCGCUACACUGUGUAUAUUUUUAUUGAUAUGUGGACUUGGAAAAAUACAGUAGUAUAUGGCUGUAUUUUUGUUACUCAUUACAACAGUGAAAACUAGUUUUACUGAACUGUACACCUCAGUUGUACAUCCUUGAACUUGGCUGAUGUUACCUGAUUGUUUUAGUGUAAGACAUCUUUUUAUUUUGACCUUUUUGUAUUUGCACCCAUUUUUUUAUUUCCUCAGUGAACUGCUGGUUGUUGUAGGUAUUGCCAUGUUUGUAGUCUGUGUGGGGCACCUCUUGAAUAAAAUUACUGGAACUGGAUGAGAUAUAGAAAUAAAAUUUGAAAAAUGUAGCCGC